UUUUCUUUACAGUACAACUAGUGAGUAAACUAAUUAAAUAGACAAUAGAAGUGCAAUAUUAUAUUGCUAUAAUGGCUGCUUCGGUAAGAGCUCAUUGGGGCUACGAUAUGCUCAAAAAAAUGGCAGUAGAAGGCGCCAAUAAACAGGAUCUCGACGAGCUAAAAAGCAUGUUUGCCUCUGAAAUAGGAUCCAUUAGAAAAAGUGAUCGCAUUUCGACCGUAGAAGAUCUCAUUGACUGCCUGGAACGCAAUGAUCAAAUCAACGAGGAGAAUGUGGAACCGCUGCGCAGCAUAGCUGCUGGGAACGUGCAAUUGCAGGAAGCGUUAAACGAAUAUCAACCUAUGCCAAUUUCUCGGACAUUUAACUAUUACCAAGAUCAACGUUUGGCGGAGGAAUUACAGCAGCAGCUACAUAUUAACAAAGUACGUGCACAGCCAGCUGUGCCACAGCAACAGAAAUACGUAACAGUGGCUGCAUUUACGGAAGAGAAGCGUUCGGCGGUUUAUAAAAAGAUAUCACAAGAGCUGGGUCGCUCUUGGCGCGAGCUAGGCCGCAGACUGGAUAUCAGCGAAGGCACUAUGGAUGACAUAGAGCAACGCUUUCCAAAUGAUCUUAAGUCACGCAUACUACGACUUUUGCAGUUGUUUGAGGACGACGAGUGCAAUGAUCCCAGACAAUUGUUGGUGCAGCUCUGUCGGGGUCUAGGCGAAUGCGGUCGUAAUGACUUGCGGCGCAAGGUGGAGCAGAUCAUGUCACAUUAGUGAUUCCAUAGAAUUAAGUGUCUAUUGUGUACAUAAAAUCAUAAGUGCUAUAAUUUUAAGAGAGGUCUUUUUUUACAUAUGUUGAUCCCAAAACAAAGCUCUGAUGUCUACGCUUUGGAACAUCGCCUUUUUUCAAAUUAAAUACUACUUCAAAACAUUG